AAGCAAUCUAACUAUUCUGGUUUGGAAAAGUUAAUUGAUGAAACUUCAGAUGAAGUAACAUCUGAAUCAGAAGACUCUUCCCGAUUAAAAAGUUUAUCACACUCAGAAACAGAAAACCACUUGAGUGGUGGCGGUUUUGUGGCAAAAGAUUUACUUUCCUCUCCGAUUAUUCGUUUGCCGCAAACAGCUAUUCGCACCUGUCAAAGCAUUGAUAUUGAUACGAAGAAUCGAUCGAAAAAUGAUACUUCUAUUUUGAGCUCUUUAUUUUAUUCAUCCUGUAAUUAUAUCCUAAAUUCAAUCAUUCCCGAUCCACUGGAUCUCAUCGCUGCAGCGGUCGGACAGUCGACCGCUCAAGCACUUUUGGUGGCCCAGAUCAGUUGGAUGGUUUGUGUGUGUUGUCGUUGUUGUCUUUGUAAAUGUGUAGCAGGUGGUCGGGCGGUUCGUGGACAGAAAAAACAGAUCCGCGAACCGACAAUAGCCGAUGACGAUGGACGUGAUUUACCUUAUGAGGUGCCGGGUCUUAUACAUAUUCCAAAACCUGUUUACAAUAAAAAACUCUCAAAAUCACGAUCCUCGUCUGUCCCACAUGUCGCUGUUCCGUCACUCGUAUCGUCCAGUGCCAACUAUAAACGCAUGUCAAUGUGGGAGACUUCGUUGAAUGUACAAAGUGAUGUCGAACCGUUGCACACGCCGCCACUCGUUGUAGAACGGAAACUUGACUAUAUAGACAAAGAAGGCAAUAAUCCAAGUUGUUGUAGAGAAAGAGGAACGCGCAAACCUGGCUUCAGACCGCUGAGAGGAUCAGGAUCACCGUCACCACCUGAUACCCUAACGUCGACGAAAGUCGCUGUUAGCUCAGCAUCGGAAGCCAAGAAGAUCAAAGAUCACAAGAAGGAAUUGAAAAAGGAGAAGGAGAAAAAGAAGAAAAUGGAUAAGAGACAAGCAUCGAGUGGAGGAGGAUUCUUCACUCGAUGGUUCGGCGGUUCUGGAAGUAACAAUAGUCAACAGAAUCUCGCUGAAGACGUGAUCGAUGCGCGAAGCGAACGAAAAACCGCGAAACAACGCGAACAGGAGUUAUUGCAACGAUCUGAAAGAAGAUCCGGGGGAAGAACACACUCCCAUGAGGAGUAUCGUCGUCAUCAACAACCAAAUUUAAUGGUGAAUACGAACCUUGAUGAGGACGAUUAUGCAACGAUUGAUAGAGUUCGAAGAUCGAACAAUCGUGAAAUGUCAAUGCCAGCCUCUCCACGCAAUGUGCACUUUGUGGAUGAAUCAUCCGGUCCACUGAGUCGCAACAUGAACGAAUCCGCAUUCGGAGACCGUGCUCAUCUACAGUAUCGUCCACGUGCUCAAAAAGGAGCCACCGGUCCAACAACUCGUGGUGCUCCAACAUCAUCUGUCACGAAGCUAGACGAAGCGACACUUGACUUACUCCGUCUGUCCACGGAGCCAAGUCCAGUGCCAAGCAGAAGAGCUCUGCCAAAAUCCGCAUCUCUCAGUUCUGUUCAACAAAAGCUACCAAUCAAGACGAUAGAUGGUGGACAACUGAGAGUGGGAAAUGUGUACACAUGGGAUCAGAAUAGCGUCGAUACGGCUACUGAUGAUGAUCGUGGCAGAGAGUUCAACAGAGACGACAGAUCAAGUCGGUUAUCUCCACAAGCAGAGAGAAGAAACGAGAGACAAAUCCAAAUCCAACAACGGAGUGCCUCGAACGGACCAGCUAACCGUCGGGAAACCGAAAUUGAAUAUGAAGAAAAACGACAAGGUCCUCCAGUGGUCCGAACGACGGUUGAAGGAAAGCUCAAAAUGGAAAAGAUCGUAGGAGCCGACUUGAUUACUGUAGAUAGUUGCAUUUCAAGUGCAUGGACAGUCAGAGACACUGUCACUAAUUAUAAGAUCAAAUCAACAAUUGGAAAGAAGAGUUUGAUCUUGGAAGAGAUGAAAGACGGUCAAUCCAAGUACAAGAUCACUCUUAUCGAAAAUGGCGAAACGAAAAUGGAACGAGAAGCCAGUUUAGAAGUUCCUGAUUUUGUUAACAAGAAAGAUUACCUAGCCGAAGUUAGCAAGAAAUUGCUCAGUGAUCUCCAAGAAGAUUCUGAAUCUGUAUCAGCUCUCACUCAUAUCGAAGUGGAAGUUGUGGAAGACGUCACGAAUAUUCUGAAAACCUACGUCAUUGGAGAACGAGCUGACGAUGUCUUAGCUGAAGAACAAUUGAGACUUCACUACGAGCAGACUGCCGAUAAAACACCAUCUCCUAUUCCACUUGAGAAGAGUGAAAAGAUCUACGUGGACGUUUUUGAAAAAGAAAAAAUCGAGCUGGAAGAUCCCGAGAAAGCUGAUAUUCACUUGAUCAAGGACGGACGUCACUUCGAAGGAGAAGGAGCUUUGAAGAGAGUCAGAAGAUUCGAGACUGAAGAAAGUAUCGAGAAACCGACUGUUAUCAGAAUGGAACCAAGAUGUGCUCAUGCAUUUGCUGAUUGCGAUGUUGCAAAAAAAGAGGAUACCUCGAAUUAUACUGUCAAGAUUGCAGUUCCACUUGUUCACACUAUCACUUUCUUGUUGAAGAAAUCAAAGAUGAUGAGACAACAGAAGGCUGCUGGGUAUGAAAUGGAACAAGAAGGACAACGAUUCGAAGAUGAAACCACGUUGCGAAGAAUCAAGAGAUAUGAAACGGAAGAAGAAGAAGAGAAACACGUGGCAGUUGUACAACAUGUCGAAGAAGUUAAGGUAGCCACAAUGAAGACCCAGAAGGAAGUGGAAGCAGAAGGAGGUCAAUAUGAAAUGUCUCAAGAAGGAGUUCAUCUUCGUGGAGAAAUCGCAUUCAAGAAACGUGGAAAGCAUCUGGAUUCUGAAUCAUCCGAAGAGAGAUUCUUGGAAAGAGAGGCUGAAGGAGGACAAUAUGCGAUGCAGAUGGAAGGAGAACGACUUCUUGGUGAAAAGAAAUUCAGAAGCAAGGGACGUCAUUACGAAUCGGAAUCUGAGGAAUCGAUGGUGUCAUGGAAUGGUGGAUCACCAACUCUUGUUGAUUUGGUGAAGAAAGAAUCAUCAUCCAUCUUUGAGGCUACAUUCGAAACUGCAAACAAUCACUCUCCAAUUGUUUCUGAAAUUAGAAGACCAAAAAUAAAAAAGGAGAACACCACCAUCGGAUGCACCAUUGCAAACCAGAAAGCCACGUCAGCAAGUGCCGAGCUCACCACAAAACAUGUCAACACUCAGAAGGGAUCUGGAAAGUUCCGUGAAUUGGGUGAGGAACAGGCUAUGAUGUUGUGUGGAUUCGAAAACCAGAAGAGUUCCAAAGAAGAAAUUGUCGGAGUUCGUCAGCAAAAGAACGAGAGCAAAGUUGUGUUCGCUGCUGGAUCAGCUGAAACUGAGAACGCUACAAUCUCCACCACAAUCUUCCACGAUGCGGAUUCAUUUGCUGUCGAAGGAUCAUCAAAGUCAGCCAACUCGACUGCCACGUACGGACGUUUCAAGGAGAUGUCAGAAGAGAAUGCUUCAAAUAUGGUUUACCUUCAGAAGAGCGAGAGCGAGAGCACCAACCUGAGUGAGACCGAGGCAAAGAUGAAGCACGUCCACCGCGAAUCAUCUGAAGCUCGCUUCGCCGAGUUCAAGCAAGUCGCCGAAAGCUGUGCAGUCAUGAUCAAGAACACUGGAGUAGAGCGUGGAUCGACAUCUUCAACUGUCGCCGAGGCAGCCACUGGUUAG